AUGAUUGCUUUUUCUCAAGAAAGUUUCUUCGAAAUCAUAGUAAGAUAUGUGAGAAAAGUACUCCUAACGCCAUCUAUUAGCAGGGCGAACGUGCCUCAAGCUUAUCCCAUCCCCCCGCACUCGCCUCAGCCCGCAGAACGAAGCGAAGCGCGCUCCCCGUUCAUUCACUCGUCUCGCCAUUUCGAAAUUGUAGUAGCGAUAGGUAGGACAUUCGAUAUUUUACCAUCGUCGUUUUCAUGUCUCUCUGCGACCGUCGAUAGUGUGCGCUGGGCCCUUAGCGUCCGUCUGCACCGCUGCACUUUCUCGCAGCUCGGAAAUAGCCCGAACGAGCGACCGACCCCGCCUGACUCACGGCUUAUUUACGAGCGCCUCGCGUUUCCCCGCGGCGCGUCUUCCCGCCCGCGCCGUGGCAGC